AAACGGAAUGUGUCCAUUUGAUAUUUUGUACAAACGGCCCCCCCUCUUGCCACAUGCGUUCCCCACAUGGACGUCUGAUAUUUUUUGAAUUCCGCCACCUUUUGAUCAAUUAAUUGCGCGAAAAUGUCACUUCCAGACAAAGUUUUGAUGCGGAAGAUCAAGAAGAGAGAGGAGCACAAGUUGAAAAUCAUUCAGGAGCGCGAGGCCCAGCGGAAAAACGAUGCUGUUGUGGAGGCGAGUGCAGAGCCCCAGAAACCUGUGAACAAGAAGAAAAAAAUUAAUCAGAAGAGGCCGUGUGCUGAGGACACCCCAAUGAAAAAGAAGAGAAAAAAGGUGGAGCAGUCUCCUGAAAACCCAGAGGAUCCUCCAGAAGACCCAGAGGAUCCUCCAGAAGACCCCGAGGAUUCUCCAGAAGAGGAUAAAGUUUCCAAUGUACCAGAAUCAGAAUCACAAGAGAGUAAAGAGGAGAGAGAAUCGGCACUGCCAGGCUCUUCAGUUGGUCUCAAUGUGUCCAACAACCCCGCCUUCUCCUCCCUCAAAGGCAAGGUUUGUGAGCAAACGUUGAAGGGAAUCGAGGACAUGGGCUUCACGAACAUGACGGAGAUCCAAGCCCGAGCAAUUCCCCCUCUCCUCGAGGGACGUGAUUUAGUCGGAGCUGCCAAGACUGGCUCUGGAAAGACCCUAGCCUUCCUCAUCCCAGCAAUCGAACUGGUGAAUAAACUGAAACUCAUGCCAAGGAAUGGCACUGGCUGCAUCAUCAUCUCUCCAACUCGAGAGCUGUCGAUGCAGACCUUUGGAGUUCUCAAGGAAUUGAUGAAGUAUCAUCAUCACACGUAUGGGCUGUUGAUGGGAGGUGCCAACAGGCAGACAGAGGCCCAGAAACUGGCUAAAGGGGUCAAUAUUGUUGUGGCAACGCCUGGAAGACUGCUCGAUCAUCUCCAGAAUACUCCGGACUUUUUGUUCAAAAACCUCAACUGCCUGAUCAUCGAUGAGGCUGAUCGUAUCCUGGACGUCGGGUUCGAGGAGGAACUGAAGCAGAUCAUCAAUAUUCUUCCUAAAAGAAGGCAGACGAUGCUGUUCAGUGCCACACAGACGAAGAAGAUUGAGGCUUUGACCACUCUGGCUGUUAAAAAGGAACCUGUGUACGUCGGGGUCGACGACGAGAAGGAGAAGGCGACGGUGGAGGGACUGGAGCAAGGCUACGUCGUCUGUCCAAGUGAGAAGAGGUUCCUUCUCCUGUUCACAUUCCUCAAGAAGAAUCGGAACAAGAAAGUCAUGGUGUUCUUCUCCUCUUGUAUGUCUGUUAAAUAUCAUCACGAGCUGCUUAAUUAUAUUGAUCUGCCGGUUAUGAGCAUUCAUGGAAAGCAAAAGCAGACGAAACGCACGACCACUUUCUUCCAAUUUUGUAAUGCUACGUCUGGCAUUUUACUGUGCACUGACGUGGCUGCUAGGGGGCUUGACAUCCCCGAUGUUGACUGGAUUGUCCAGUUGGAUCCUCCGGAUGAUCCUAAGGAAUACAUCCACAGAGUUGGUAGAACAGCUCGUGGUGAAGGAAGCAGUGGACAUGCCCUCCUGAUCCUCCGCCCCGAGGAACUCGGCUUCCUACGGUACCUCAAACAAGCUCGUGUCCCUGUCAACGAAUUCGAAUUCUCCUGGAACAAAAUAGCUGACAUCCAACUGCAGCUUGAGAAAUUGGUCUCGAAGAACUACUUCCUGAACCUAUCAGCAAAGGAGGCAUUCAAAGCGUACGUUCGUGCCUACGAUUCCCAUCACUUGAAACACAUAUUCGACAUUGAAACCCUGGAUCUCAUCCAAGUUGGCAAAUCGUUUGGAUUCACAGUACCACCUGCAGUUGAUCUGAAAGUGGGCAUCAGCAAGAACUCAAGACCCCGAAAACGUCUCGGUGGAGGCGGUUAUGGAUACUUCAAAAAUAUGAACAACGCCAGCGGUGGGAAGCAGAUUGAGAGGAGCAAGCAUUUUCGACAGGUGGGAAAGGGGAAGAAUGAUCAACGACAAUUCUCCAGAUAAUCUAUAACAAUAGCAAUUGCAUUCAUGAAUAUUUUUAUCUAACUUGAUUCACUGGCUACAUUCAUAUGCAAAAUAAUGCAUAUCUAUUAUUCAAUGUACAGUAUCAUUGUGCAAUCGUGCAUAAUGGAAGGAGACAAAUUGAAAUGUGUAUUUUUCAGAUAAAGAGGACUUGUUUUUGCGAGUAAA